GUUGCUUCAUUUAGUCAAGCGGGUUGGUUGCGGGAAGAAACCUCGCGCCCCUUUGGUUCCGCAGGUUCGGGUUGACGUGUUCAUCAUGCCUUCUACCAGAUCUCAGUCUGAAAGCCAGAGCACCAUCAAAUUCCCUAAGCGGAAAUCGAUUAGGAGGUGUCACAAACCUCUAGAGAAUGGGGAGGCUUCGAAGCUGGACACAACCCCACUGUCAGUUUCACCCCAGAAGCAAGUCUUGCCUCUCAGCCCUCGUAAACGGCUUGGAGAUGACAAUCUCUGCAAUGUCACCCAUUUGCUGCCUUGCACCCCGAGUAAGCAGGGUAAAAAAGAGAAUAGCUUUCCACCCACUUCUCCCAAGGGCCAGGCUUUAGUCUUCAACGAGUGUUCAACUCCCAAAUCUCCAACUAAGGGUAGCAAUUCGGUUCCCUCUCCCUUUCGUGGUGGUCAAGAAACCCCUAACACUUCACAGCAGCAUCGCCACCCAAGGAAAGAACUGGUGUGUACUCGACUCUUUAAGCAAGAAGGCACCUGUUACCAGCAGGCAAAGAGUCUCCUGCACACGGCUGUUCCGGACCAGCUGCAUGCAAGGGAGAAAGAGGCAGGUGUUCUACAUAGAUUCCUGAGGGAGCAUGUCUCCAGGGAGAUCCCAGGAAGCCUUUAUAUCUCUGGAGCUCCAGGCACUGGGAAAACUGCCUGCCUCAACAGGGCCCUGAUGGACUUGAAGAUGGAGCUCACUGGGUGUCAGACCAUAGUCCUAAACUGCAUGGCCCUGAGAAGCUCCCAGGCUGUGUUCCCAGCAAUGGCUGGACAAUUGGGCCAGGCUGGAGCAGACAAAGCAGCCAGGGGUGACGUGAUCAGAAGGCUGGUGAAACGGUUGACAUCAGAAAGUGCACCCAUGGUUUUGGUUGUAUUAGAUGAGAUGGAUCAGCUGGACAGCAAAGGGCAGGAUGUGCUGUACACGAUGUUUGAGUGGCCUUCCCUCCCCAACUCCCGGCUCAUUCUCAUCGGGAUAGCCAAUGCUCUGGACCUCACAGAUCGCAUCCUGCCCCGCCUGCAAGCCCUUCCCAAGUGCAGGCCACAGCUCUUAAACUUUCCCCCAUACAACAAAGACCAGCUUGCCUCCAUCCUCCAGGAACGCCUUAAGCAGGUGUCAGGGGAGCAGGUGCUGGACCACGCAGCCAUCCAGUUCUGUGCUCGGAAAGUCUCUGCCGUCUCUGGGGAUGCACGCAAGGCUCUGGACAUCUGCAGGAGGGCCAUUGAAAUUGUGGAGUCAGAUGUGAAGAGUCAAACUGUGCUUAAACUGCUGCCUGCCUGCAAAUCGUCUUCUAAACCAGCCACAGACUCAGCAGUACCCCAGCGGGUGGGACUGGCCCACAUAUCCCGGGUGAUCUCUGACGUGUACGGUGACCGUUUGGCCUUAGGUGAAGGCCGUGGCGAUGCCAAUACCUUUCCCUUGCAGCAGAAAAUCUUGGUCUGUUCUUUGCUGCUCUUAACCAGGCAACAGAAAACCAAAGAGGUCACACUGGGAAAGCUGCAUGAGGCCUACAGCAAGGUUUGCCGCAAGCAGAAAGUAGGAGCCGUUGGCCAAUCAGAAUGCCUGUCACUUUCGGCUCUCCUGGAAUCCAGAGGCAUUGUGGGUUUGAAGAAGACUAAAGAAGCGCGUCUGACUAAGGUCUUCCUGAAGAUAGAAGAGAAGGACGUGGAAGAUGCCCUCAAGGAUGGAGCUUUGGUUGGAAGCAUCUUGGCUGAGGGAAUUUAAGAGUUCUUGCUCUCACCUCCCUUCUUGCACAGAAUGUUCCUA